CCACGCACCAGUAGUCUUUUCGUCUCAUUCAUGGGUUUACUUUGAAAGACUUGUUUGAAGAUAGGUUAUUUGUGUAUAUGGAUCUCUGCCCAACACCCACGCAAUGCGGUGUGGGGAACGCGAAAUGAUCAGUGAACCUGUGAUAUAUUAAUACAUUCAUUCCUGAACAAGAAUACCUUGAAAAGCAAAGGAUCAUGAAGAAAGGGUCUCUGGCACCCAACCUCAAGCUCUCUCUCCCUCCUCCUGAUGAAGUUUCUCUCUCUAAAUUCCUGACGGAAUCGGGGACAUUUAAGGAUGGUGAUCUGUUGGUUAACAGAGAUGGCGUUCGUAUUGUCUCUCAGAGUGAAGUCGAAACUCCAUCCUUAGUUCAGCCAUCAGAUAACCAGUUGAGCUUAGCAGAUUUUGAUGCAGUUCGAGUUAUUGGUAAAGGAAAUGGUGGUAUUGUGCGCUUGGUGCAACAUAAAUGGACUGGACAAUUUUUUGCUCUGAAGGUUAUUCAGAUGAACAUCGAAGAGUCUGUUCGCAGGCAUAUUGCUCAAGAACUAAAAAUUAACCAAUCAUCCAAGUGCCCCAACAUUGUAAUUUGCUAUCAGUGUUUCUAUGAUAAUGGCACAAUCUCCAUAAUCUUGGAGUACAUGGAUGGAGGAUCUCUUACAGAUCUUCUGAAGAAAGUUAACAUGAUUCCAGAGCCAUAUCUUGCAGUAAUCUGUAAACAGGUACUCAAAGGCUUGUGGUAUCUUCAUCACGAAAAACAUGUUAUCCACCGGGACCUCAAACCUUCAAAUUUGCUGAUAAAUCACAGAGGUGAAGUCAAGAUCACAGACUUUGGUGUUAGUGCAAUACUGGCUAGCACAUCUGAUGCGGCUCUUAGCUUUGUUGGCACGUAUAAAUACAUGGCUCCAGAGAGGAUUAGCGCAGACAGAUAUGGUUACAGAAGCGACAUAUGGAGCCUUGGUAUUGUUCUGCUUGAAUGUGCAACAGGAGAAUUUCCAUACUUGUCACCACAGCCAGAUGGAUGGAUCAAUGUCUAUGAGCUGAUGGAAACUAUUGUUAAUGAACCAGCACCCCGUGCACCUUCAGAUUUAUACUCUCCUGAAUUCUGUUCAUUUAUUUCUGCAUGCGUGCAGAAAGAUCCCAACGAUAGACUGUCUACAAAUGAACUUAUGGCACAUCCUUUCAUCACUAAAUACGACAAUCUUGACAUUGAGCUUGCCAUGUACUUCACCAGUGCAGGACCUUCACUUGCCACACUUUAAGACAGGUAGUCUGCUGCGUCGCGGCCGGAAUAAUCAAUGAUGGAGAUUGGAGAAGAAAGAUUUAGAGAAAGAGAAGCCAAGAAAAAUAGUAGGAAAAAACGUGUUUUUAUAAUUUCUAGGAGAGAAGUUUAAAAAAAAAAAUCUUAGCAUACUUGUUAGAGUUAUAAAAAGACGCUCCAGUCCCAUUCUUAUAUGAAUUGAAUUUUUUAUUGCAAA